AUGUAUCUGUCUUUUUUGACUGGAGUGGUGAACUACUUCAAGUGAUCCAAUGUGUGUUAGAAAUGCAGCAAAAUAUGUGCCAAAGCUACCUGCAGUCACAUAGCCACAGUCCUGGUUCUGGAGAUAAAGGGUUGCUGGUAGAGAAGCUGCAACAUAUAAUAGAACAGCAAGAACAACAACAAAAAAUCAUUCUGGAGCAUCUUUUAUCUUCAGACAGGAAGGUUUUGCUUACUAAAAUAAAGGACCUUGAAGCUCAGUUGCGACUUUUGUAUCUUCAAAGCCAAGAAAAACUGCAGCAACUCCAAGAAAUGCUGAUUAAUACAGAGAAUCAUGGUAAUAAACAAGAACAUCAGCUUCGAAGGCAAGUUGAAUUACUAGAAUACAAACUUCAGCAGGAAAAAUCCAUUGCAAGUGACUUGCAGGCUUCUCUAAAAAUUGAGCAAGUGAAGGCCUCUCAAAUGCAUGAUCUACUCAAACAGGAAGGUGCUGCAAUAUUUAACUUGAAAUCAGAUCUGUGUGAAAGCAAACAAGCAAAUGAACAGCUGCAAAAAUCCUUACAAGAACUCCAAAAAGAAAUAGUUAAAUACAGUUCUGUGCUGGAAAAUAAGGAAAUGGCUAUGAUAGCUAUACUUCAAGACUUGGAGAAUGAAAAAUGUAAGGAAAAAGAACUUCAGAAUAUGUUGGAUGAACAGAUACAUCAGCAUAAGAGAAGAGAAGAUGAGAAGUCAAAAGCAAUAGAGGUGGCAUACCUGGAGACAGCAAGCUCAGUAACUCACUUCCCUCAGAGCCAAACACCAGCUCUGCAGGGCAGAAUACUUAACCACUGA